UAGAAAGUGUCAGGAUUCGAUCAUUAAUCAUUGAUUAUCGUGGUGGAGUGUGAAUCUUAUCAGUGACGCCUAAACUGAGUGAUAAAAUGAAUUGUAAAUUAUAAACCCACACAUCUGGCAACCGUACAGGACGUAGUAAAGUUAAUUUCGAGUCUAGCCGACCUCCAUUUUAGAAAAGCAAAGGGCUUACCUGGGAUUUUGACAGACUGUGUUAAAAACCGUGCAAAUUUGUGUACUUUUUGAGAAACUCACUCGAAAAGAGAUGAACAAAACUGAAUAGUUGGACAAAAACUGUGUAUUUUGCAGUUAAUAAAGGGACUAUAAAAUUUUAGAUUUGUUAAAAUAUUUCCAUUUGCAACAAAAUAAACUGCUAUUGCAACGUAAACAUUUGGCACAUAAAAUUUUACAGUAGUAGUACUAAACUUGAACAGUGUUAAUUGUAAGAUAUGAGUCGAAACCAAAGUGGAAAUCGCUUACAAGUUCCCAAUGAUUUAAGAGAAGUUUUAUUGGAAUUCACUAUAAGUUACCUCCUAGAACAACCAGGAGAUGUUGUGGCUUAUGCAGCUGAUUAUUUUCAAAGAUUACGGGAAACCAGAACUACUUCCUUAAUCUAUGGGGGCUCAGGGACACAGGAUUUGAUGUCUCCUGAUGAGUCUACAAUAUCAGGAGAAGAAGAACCACCAAUAGAACGUUUCACGUCCAGACGUAAAUCAGUAUUCGCCGAGACUUACGAUCCCGAAGAGGAUGACGACGAUGAUGACGGCAUUAAGACGGUGUUUCCCAAAUCCGACGAGCAGAGGCAAAGAUUGUCAGAAGCUGUUCGUAACAUAUUGUUAUUUAGAUCGUUGGACAAAGAGCAGAUGAGCGAGGUUUUGGACGCCAUGUUCGAGAGAAAAGUUCAGCAAGAUGAAUUGGUUAUUAAGCAGGGAGAUGAUGGGGACAACUUUUAUGUUAUACAAAGCGGAAUAUUUCAUGCUUUGGUGGCUAGCGAACCAGCCCAGGUUCCGACACACAUCCACACGUACGAUAACGCCGGCAGUUUUGGCGAGCUGGCUUUGUUGUACAACAUGCCACGUGCCGCUACAAUUAAAGCCGUCACCACCGGUUCCUUGUGGGCCAUGGAUCGUCAAACGUUUAGACGCAUUUUACUGAAAUCAGCCUUUAAAAAGAGAAAGAUGUACGAAACUCUUAUCGAAAGCGUACCAAUGCUGAAAACUUUGCAAGCUUACGAAAGAAUGAAUCUGGCCGACGCUUUGGCCCCAAGAUCGUUUAAAGACGGCGAACGGAUAAUUAAGCAGGGGGAUGCCGCGGACGGCAUGUAUUUCGUCGAGCAGGGUGAGGUGGUCAUCAGUAUAUUGGACGAUAGUGGCAAAGACGUCGAGAUUAACCGUAUCGGUAAAGGCGGCUAUUUCGGAGAGUUGGCUCUAGUUACGCAUAGACCAAGGGCUGCCUCUGCCUACUGUGAUGGCGACGUUAAACUAGCAUUUCUUGACGUUGAAGCAUUUGAGAGGCUAUUAGGACCAUGCAUGAACAUAAUGAAGCGCAACAUUAAUGAUUAUGAGGAACAGAUGCUCAAAAUAUUUGGCUCAAAGCAAAACAUAAGAGAUAUCCGAUGAAGUGUGUUUAUCCAACGUCAAAUAAAAAAAUCUGCCCCUCUUUGUAUUGAUUUUUUCUAUUACAUUUUAAAAAUCAAAAUACAAGUGUUAACAUGCUUGCUAGUGAGGUGUAAAUUAUCUACUAGUCAUAUGUAUAUAACUAUAUAUAAUAUGUUAUAUAUCAUUUUUAAAAUGCUACCCAAUCCAAUAUUCCUAACAUAAAAUUGGGUUGAUGCAAAAACCAUAUUGCUGGUCAAAAUGAUUUUUGCCCCACAAGUUUUCUGCAGGCACAUGUAUGAAUGUAUUAACUAUAUGUUUUUCUCUUUGUGUCUGCUUUUUGUUCCUUAUCGACUAAGUAUACAGAGCUAUUAUUUUUAUACAAAAUACAAUAUUUGGAUAUACAUAGUUUGGUUUGUAAUUAUGUAAUAGGGAUAUGAGAAAUAAUACUAAAUUGCCUAUAUCGCAUGUUUUAUCACCUACAACAAGACUUAAGUCAAUUUUGACUGCCAAAUUUAAGAACAAUAAAUGAAAGAACUAUUGGCAAAAUUUAGUAUGGUUCUACAAUUUUUUCAUUGGAACUAAGUUUUUACAUGCAUUUACUUAAAUAAAUUUUGGAAAAUAAUAGCUCUGUGUAACCAUUCUUUUUUUAAAGAAUCUCAAUGUUUAUAUUGUAUAAUGUUUUUUUUGUACUUUUAAUGGUUUACAUUUGUUUUAUUUAAUGACUUUUAAUUUAUCGAUAGAGAUGUAUGUUGAUUUUGAUGUAUAUGUAUAUCUUUUUCUAAGGGUUAUUUAUUGUUACUGAGUAUCAUAUAAAGAUUAUGUAUAGAGAAGUAUUAUAUAAAUUAUGCCUGCCAUUGACUAUCAAAAUUGAAACAUCAUACAUCAUACAGGGAUCAUUAAGGAUCAUACAGGGAUCAUUAAGGAAUGAUCAAGUAAAAAGUUAUUUAUCCAAUAUUUUAUACAAAGCAAAACUAUUGAUAUAGAUUAUUCAAUUAAAAAC